AUGAACCAAGUUGACCGAUUUGAAAAACAACUUGAUGACUACACAGAACCAACAUUCUUCGUCCCACAGAAUGUUCCACAAACGGACGAUAUGAAUUUUAUUUAUGAGCAAAUGAGUACAGAAUUCAAACGGCUGGAGAAACUGACUAGGCAGAUCAAUACCUGGAGGACUGGAGAAUCGCAAGGUUUGCGUUCUCAGACGCUAUCAGGCGAAUAUUUUUCUUCAUCGGAGGAAUACUCUUACAGCAGCUCUGAACUGCCAACACAAUACUACACCGAUGCAAGGCUUUCUUUCCACGAAGAAAAUGUUAUGGAAGGAUAUGAUAAGCAGCAUAUAACAUUUGCCUUGACAGACCGCAAAAAACACAUCCGAGGGCCCCCACAAAGAUUUGUAGGUCUGACCGCCUCUCAACCAUAUAAGGCAUCCAGCAGGGAAAAAAUAUAUUCUUCGGAGUCAGAAAAUGAAAGAAACCUGCCCUCGCGACUAACACCGUUCAAAAUAAAUCAGCUAAAGAUACAUUCGGUGACAGACAGCGACACAAGAAGAAGCGAAAGCGAGGAUCUUCAGCAGAAACCGGACACCAGCGUUAUCAGUAGCAUGACAGUCAAAAGAAACAUGAGUGUCGAAAAACAACUGAAACAGCCGCUAAAAAAAGCACCAGAGGCUUCAUUCAGAAGCAGACAACGACUGCAAUUAAAACCCACGACGCACCAACGAGAAGCAGACGUAAAACUGGUUUAUCUUCAGUUGACAACAGCCAAGACAGAACACGAAACAAGCACAAGAGGUGACGGGAAUAGCGUGGACGAAGGUGUCCAGGUGGAAAUAAACAUAGUCCCAAUUGAAGACGGGGAAAUAAUUAAUGUGGAAAAACGCGUAAUUACCUUGGGCAAAGACGAAACCGGUAGCCUAAAACCAAAAGAGGAUAAACCAUACAUAGAAACUCAAACAAUGGACCACAAGGAAAUAGCCAAAGAUGAAAAACCACAUAAAGAAGACAAAGAAACGACAACUAAAUCACACAAAUCAAACGAUAUAGGAAUACAAAUGACAACCGAAACAAGAGCGGAAACAAUACUUAGAUACCUUAACCUACCAGAUCACCCAGGGGAAACAGCCAAAUUAGCCGAUGCACAAAAACAACCCCAAACAAAAUGCGCGUCGACCGAAACAGAUUUCCCUCAGCCAACACCAACAACGAAAAUUGUACCACAGAGCCCUGUGCAGCUAGUGAAAGAUGCAACUCCAAUGCCCGAGCCCAUCACCUUCAGCGUCUGUGCAAGCCAAACACCCAUGCAGACAUAUGGAGAGGGCAUUAGUGCAGCAACUCUCGAGGUGCCCAAGAAGCAAACAGACAGCGUUGUCCAUCAGACUACCAUGCCAUCUCUCACAGAAGACGAUGCGACGCAUUUGGUGACGGACAACCAGCCAACUCUCACGCAUUCAGUGCAGACAGUCAAGCCGACCUUCGUUGCGACUGCCACAAUGACCAGCAGGGACUAUGAGAGCGCACCUGCGCCGAUUGUGGUAGAGAAAGCAGCACCAGUGGAGCACAGUGCACCUCCAAUGGACCAGAAGCCAGCGAGUACGGACGCCCAGGCUGUCACGGUACCACUCGAAACGUCAGCUCGUGAGGCACAACCCAGCCCAGGAGAACUAAAAUAUAUCACCAGCAGUGACACUCUAACAAAGUCAACACCUCUUAAUCUGACAUCCACAGAAGUACUCGCGGAAGGCAGGCGAACCACACACCAACAGGCCACAACCCAACUGACAGACACGGAUAAAGCGUCAGCCCUCCUCUCCGGGGUGGCACCACAUCCACAGCACAUUGUCACUGUCUCCGCGCAGACAGUCAAGCCGACAUUCCUUGCGACCGCCACAAUGACCAGCAGUGACAACGAGAGCGCACCUGCGCCGAUUGUGGUAGAGAAAGCGGCACCGGUGGAGCACACUGCACCUCCAAUGCCCGAGCAGCCAGAGACCACAGACGCCCAGUCUAGC